UAGAAAAUUACGAUUACUACAAAAAAUUGAGAAUCAAAUUGAACGACUUGCUACAGGCAAAGGAUAAGGACGAGAAAAAGAGACAAAUAAAUCUCCUCUGUGCCGAACUAAAAAAGGUACAGCUAGCCAAAUUUGCACGUACCAAUUUGGGCUACCACAUUAUCUCCUCCCUAGUAAUCAAUGGAUCAGAGGAGGUACAAAAAAAGUUGUGGAAAAAUCUACAUGAACAUAUGAGCGACAUCAGUACGUUCAACUUUGUGUCUAUCGUCUUCCAGUGUUUUUACAAACACGCGAAAGGUGAAGAGAUAAAAAAGGACAUUCAUCAGUGGUUGUUAAAAAAUCCGAAGACCUUUUUCUCCAAAUUUGCUUCCAGACUGUGGAACACCGUUUUUCAAAAGCUCAAAACAGGCAUGAGAACAAAAAUUACAAAUUACCUGAUCAUCCCGAAUGGAAGUAGCCAAAAUGAAAAGCUCGCCAACGGGAUGAAAAAUAUAACUCUGGAUAUUUUAAAAAAAGACACCAAAGAAAUGUUUGAGACGUUUAAUGAAGAAAAUAAAAUGCUAAUACGUAGGUACCUAAUCGAGGUAGUAGAAAUGCUGGUGGAGAAGGAGCUGCUGUACAACAUCGUUUCUCAUAAUAUCCUACUGACAGCAUCCAAAAUUUUAAAUGAUGAAGAGUUGGCCAAUGUCAUGGAGACCAUCCACCAAGGGUGUGAAUACCUCCUCUCAACCAACCUAGGAAACCAAGCGCUAAUAUAUCUCCUAGGUUACGCCACAAACAAACAUAAAAAAAACCUAAUAAAGGUACUAAAAAAUGAUAUCUGUGACUUGUGUAAAAGUAGUGUAAAUUUUUUGCUAAUCAUUAGAUUACUGAAAAUUACAGAUGACACAAAAUUGCUACAUGAUUUUGUGGUAAAAAAAAUUGCAAAUAAUUUUGAAGAUAUUUUUAAUGACUACUAUGGAUUUUAUGUCGUCAUGGAAUUCUUCUACGAUUUGAAUCAGUCUAAUGAGGAUAAGUUUUUACACGUGGAGUGGAAAAAGCUGGUUUACUCUAAAGCUCCAAAAAGUAUCAAGGAUGCGGAAAAGAGAAAAAGUGAAAUUUUACAACCUAUUAUGGAUCAAGUACAAACCAUCUUGCAAGAUAUAGACAAAUUAGCCCAUUAUGUAAAAGACAAAAAAUAUUUAAUUAUCAUUUGUGAAUUUUUGUCCCACUCGACAAAUGAGCAAGUGGUUAGAAGUAUUCUCAAAAAUAUAGUCAACCUUGUCGAACAAAUUAUCCUUGCGUGUAAUAAUAAGGAAGAGUUAAGUUCCAAGUAUAAUUGCAAAAAUGUGAACGAUUUGAUCUUCAGGAUAUUUGCCAAGUGUGGAAAGGGAACUACAACUCUGCCAGGGGUCCUCUUAGAUGAGGACAUCCCCUUUUAUCGGUGCCUUUCCAAUGUCCUCCUCCCCCAGUUGGAAACCGUCAUCAAAUCUGAGUUAAUAAAAACGGUCAACAAUUUGUUUCGCUUCCUCAAGGACAAUGACGCGGCCGAGUUUGAAAGGGCUCUCACCAGGGCCAGGCAAGCGGAUAAUGAGCAAAUUUACCAGGACCUGAAGGACACGCUCCCCACGCUCACACACUUUGACACCUACCUCGAGUUCGUCCGAGGUUCCAUGGUGCCGAACCGUGAAAGCAGCGGCU